AUGAUUUCACCAAGAUGUUUAUCAGAAUUAAUAGAUGAUAUUCAAUCUAAAGAUUUAAAACCAUAUAAAAUAAAUACAAUUAAUGAAGUAAACAGCAUAAAUGAAUAUAUAGGCAAUGAAAUGACUAAAUUAGAAAUAGAGAAUAGUUAUAAAGAAAAUGAGUCUAAUGAAAUUUUAAUUAAUUUUGCUUUACUUAAAGAAUAUAAAGAAAGAAAUGAUAUGAUAGUAAAUGCUUAUAAAUUUAAUAGAUUAUUAAAAAUAGAAGAUAGAAUUCAUACAAACAUUGAUUAUAAUUGUUUAAGCAAUGAUGAGAUAAGUUUCUUAAAAGAUUAUAAAUUUAUAAUGAAAGAAUAUUUUAAAAAGUAUAAAUUUUUAGAUAUAAAAAAUAGGGAUGUACCCAUUAAUUUGUAUGUUCAGAUACUAGUGUUAGAAGAUUGUGGUGUUGUGUAUACAGAUAAUGAUUUUAUAGAUUUAAAAAAAGAUCAUAUUUAUUAUUUAAAAAAGAAUGAUAUAAAUCACCUAUUAAAGAAUGACUUAAUUAAGAUAAUAAAAGAAUAG